AUGACUCGCAUGACCUACUUUUAUGUAACGAACAGCUGGCCACCGCAUGAUGAUGAUACUUGUAGUGAUGGUGCUUAUGAUAGUGAUAGUGACAGUGAUAGUGAUGGUGCUUAUGAUAGUCAUGAUGAUAGUGAUGGUGCUUAUGAUAGUCAUGAUAAUAGUGAUGAUGCUUUUGAUAGUGAUGAUGAUACUUGUAGUGAUGGUGCUUAUGAUAGUGAUAGUGAUAGUGAUAGUGAUGGUGCUUAUGAUAGUCAUGAUGAUAGUGAUGGUGCUUAUGAUAGUCAUGAUAAUAGUGAUGAUGCUUAUGAUAGUGAUGGUGAUGGUGGUGAUGGUGAUGGUGGUUAUGAUAGUGAUGGUGGUUAUGAUAGUCAUGAUGAUAGUGAUGGUGGUAGUUAUGAUAGUGAUGAUGAUGGUGGUAGUGAUGGAGCUGAUGAUGAUAGUGAUGGUGGUACUUAUGAUAGUGAUAAUGAUAGUGAUGGUGGUACUUAUGAUAGUGAUAAUGAUAGUGAUGGUGGUACUUAUGAUAGUGAUGGUGAUAGUGAUGGUGAUGAUGCUUAUGAUAGUGAUGAUGAUAGUGGUAGUGAUGAUGCUUAUGACAGUGAUGAUGAUAGUGAUAGUGAUGGAGCUUAUGAUAGUCAUGAUGAUAGUGAUGGUGAUGAUGCUUAUGAUAGUCAUGAUGAUAGUGGUAGUGAUGAUGCUUAUGAUAGUGAUGAUGAUAGUGAUGGUGAUGGUGGUUGUGAUGGUGGUUAUGAUAGUGAUAGUGAUGGUAGUGAUCGUUUUGCAUUGUAA